UUGGCUCUCGUCUCCUCAGAAUUGCUCCCAGCGCGCAGCCCCAGCCCCAGGGCAGCCGUUAACGGCCGCUCACGCGGUCGGGGACUAGUCGGGGCUCGGGCGGCCUUCGCCGGCUGGUGCUGGCGCUGUCCCUCUGGCGCUCCCCUUCCCCGCGGGCGAUGGACGUGUCGAGGGACUUCUUCGGUAAGCUGCGCGCCCUAGCCCUCACGCUGGAGAAGGAGGCCAGGCAGCUCGAGCGGGCCCUACGCAGAGAGGACACAGACUAUGAAGAUGAAUCUCCAAUAAGAGUUUUACAAGACCUCCAUUGUGAAAUCAGGACUCUAAAGGAAGAUGUUAAUACCAGUCUUGGUAAAAGUUGCUUGGAAAAACAAGCAAUUCAUGACUUUAUGAAGGCAAGUGAAAUACUGAUGCAAAGAAAUGCAGCAGAUCUUGGAAAAAUAAGAGAGCUGUUCCAGAAAUAUGGCUACAAACCACGUGUCAAAGACGCUACAGAAGAGGAAGAAGUAGUUAACAGUGACUCAACAGUAUCUGUCCAGAAUAAAUCUGAUGAAGAAAAAUCAGAUGAUGUACCUCAUCUUCCUGCUUGUACUGAGAAGCCACUGGUGCCCAAAGACCCACUGCGUAACCCCCAGCUUUCAGAUUUUGGUCUUUCACAAUAUGCUUUCUCCAGGCCUUGGAGCGCAGCGAAAGGACAAAUGACACAUGCAUGCCAAGAAAAUUCAAAGAACAGGACUCCACUAAAACCAGAGACCCCCUGUAUUUUGCCCAAAACACCAAAAUGCAUGCUAAAGAUGGAUGAUUAUGAGUGUGUAACACCAAAACUUGAACACUUUGGUAUUAGUGAACAUACCAUGUGUAUGAAUGAAGAUUAUACGAUGUCACUUAUUCAUAAAACUGCUCAGACAAGCAAGAAGUUGGUUAAAAAAGAUGAUCAUGAAGUGAAUGUACCAGAAAUGACAUCCAGGAAAAUCAUGGUUACUCCUAGGCCAAAAGUGACAGCUGAAAACACAGCUGAUUGGAUGGUUUCUCCUAUGAUACUUGUGUUCUGUACUCCUGAUGUGAAAACCCCUUCCAGAGCAAAUAAUACAGUAUUGUCAAGGUCACCAGAGACAAAUGAACUACCUCUUCCCAGUCAUACAGAAACACCACAGUUCCCAAAUUUUGAAGCAAGAUGGCUAAAAGCAGAACCUAAGCAGGUAAAGCCGGGGGGGAAGAUUGAGUCGGUGACAAAGAAAGACACAACAGAUAAACAAUACACAGAAGAUAGUGUUCCUUUUGCUGUGCGCUCUGAUGAGUAUCUUAAACAUUUUGGAGACCCUUCUCCUCCCAAAAUAAACCACUAUGACCAGUUACUCAAUACUCCUCCACCUCCAGAAAUAACAAGGAUACCAGAUGAUGUUCUACAGAUUCUGUCCAAGUAUAAUAACAAAGUAGACUCUUCUAAAGCCAAGGAAACGGAGACCAAGGCAGGAAAUACUACAAGAUAUGAAAGUGAUUUCACUGAUUACUGCAACAAAGAAAACAGAGGAUAUGCUGGAUUUUUCAAGCCAAACAUCUGAAAUCAAGCUGAAGACCAUGUUGAGACUGUUUCACAUUCAUGGAUCUUAUUACUGAAUCAUAACAAGCUCAAAAAAGCAAAAGAAAAUAGUGGUGGGAAGAAAAAGCCAUACAAAGGAAAAGCUUUUUGAAUGGAGAAAAAUUAUUUAUCCAUGAUGCAGAUAAAAUUGUUUGAACUAACAACUUCUGCUUAUUUUUUUUUAUUCACAUUAUUGGCAAAAUAUAUUGAGGGGUUUUAAAUACGUAUAUGCUUCACAGAGGACUGGGGUCACGUAUGAGGUAGCACUUCAGUUGUUUCACCUGAUUCUCGUGUUUGCUGAGUACACCUGUGUUUACAGUACGCUGUAGAGAAGUGCAGUUGGGCUGCAGUAAAGGGCAAGUCCAGUAUAUUGCCCCAGAAAGGGGAUAUCUCUGGCUGUUCUGGUGACGCUGUACAUCUUUUCUGGGCUGAGUUUAAAGUGUAGUACUUCAACGGUAUUUAGUGUCUUCAACAGAAACAAGUUUUGUUUGUUUGUUUUUUCCUACUUGGAAGAGUAAUUCCUGCUUUACUGUUUAAAGCACUUAUAUGCUAUUAGUCACUUCUGCAAUACUAAGACAUACCAGACAUGUUCCUGCAUCAGGCUCUCUGUUACCUAUCUGACAGACUUAUGCUGCUGCUUCUUUCUUAUAGUUUCCUUACAUCGACAUUAUAUUAGGUGCUACCCAUCUGUUUUCCUUUUGACAGUCUAGCCUCUAUAGCCCUAAAAGAUGACUAGCUCGAAUAUGGAUGAUUUGAAAAUAUAUUGUGCAAUUGGUACUGGUUAUGUAUAUAUAUUAACUACUUGAAAGAUCUGCUGGCAGGCAUGUAGGUAAUUGCUUAGUCUCCUGCACUGCUGCAACAUGCAUUCUGUAAGUGUUGGUGUCCCUCCUAAAUGUGCACAUCUCUCCCUGUAAUAGCUGAUCAGAGUUCAGUUCUCAGAGCUGUUUGGCAGUUUUUUGCUAUCUGACAGUCAUAGUAACUAGGAUUUUUUUUCUACCAGAGAUUUUACUUUUGCACAAGAAAUCCCAGCUACAUAUCCUUGUUUAGAGCCAGUUUGCUGUUUCCAAUGUCGGCUAUUCCUCUUGAGUGACUCCAGGACUGCUCUUACCAGCUGUAUGUCGAUGGCUAAAAUUCUGUCAUUUAUACAAGGGCAGGCAUGCAACACAGGAGAAGGGAGAGACUGUCCCAGGAGAUGGGGAGAAGUUUAUGUUUUUCUGAACUUUCUGAACAGAGCUCCACUUUUUUUUUUUUUGAGUCCUAGGGAUAUGCAAACAUCCGGCAAUGCCUUGAAGUAUUUCUGCAGUUGCUUAUACUUGUCCUGGCUAAAACCUAGCAAGUAAAGGUGCCUUUUUCCUGCUGUUGCAGUCAUUCUCCAGGAUAAACGUACAUCAGAUUAACUGGAGAAGCUGAUUUUCUACUAGUUCUGGCCUGAGUGCACUGUCAUUUCUCUGUGCUAGGUUCUGUUUAUAAAUAUGCAUGUAUUAUUAUGUGUCAGUCUUUGAGCUUGAUCAACACUUUUGAAUACUAAAUAAAUCUCUCAGAUGCUCGGUGGCUGCUUGGAAAACUGAUCGUCUGCUGACUUACUUGUUCUACCCAACUGCUUCAGAGGGUGAAGGCCAGACCUGCUUUCAGUAUCUUCACAGACUCAAACCACUUAAAGGGCUGAAUACCAGUCAUGGACUUUCAUGGUCUUAAAAAGGUACGGUUGUCUGCUGCAGAGCAAGAACUUUUCAGCCAGACAGAUUUAUCAGCACUAAGCAGGAGGGGGUUCACAGCCUGCAUUCUCCCUCCACAGCACUUCAAGGCUACUUUCUUGCCCUGAAGCAAGCCAGAUAUCCUGGAAGUCUGUUUAACAUGAAAUGGAACAAGCAGCACUACUGCCCAACACCUUGCUGUAUUUCCCUCCUCAACUAAUGAAAUUCCCCAAAGGGCUUAUAAAUGUCUUUUCCCUAAACUUGAGAACAGCUCUGCACUCCGCUGUCCUUUCCUCCCUUAGGGUCUGUAGAGUUGUACCUAGCAGUGCUGGGGUUCUCGUCAUAAGCUGCUUGCAUCGUUUUUCUUGCCUAUUAAACAGUUUUCUGCUGCAUUUCAUAGCUAUUUCAUUAACUAAUAUGCAAGGGAUUCAAUUAAUAUUUUGAGAUACAAAUUAUAUUCAAGAUGAAAAUUGAAAUCUUUAAAUCUUCUGGUCUGCUCAAGCUGUUAUGACAUGAUGCUGGCAUGAGAGUUUGGAAUCUAGACAUGAAGUUUUACUAGUUAGUUUUGGUUUUCUUGCCUACAGUAUUACCAUAAUACAAGUAAUAUUGCUGUUUGUACUUACAUUCUCUAUAGCAGGGCCAUUGCUCUGAGGUGGAUAUAAUCAGAGCAGCAAACAAAAAACUAGCUGUAGUUGGUUGUGCUUUACUUUAGAAAGCCUUUUAGGUAUCAGUAAGGCCUAAGCAGUAGUUUGAGUAUUGGGAGUUGGGGACGGAAAAGUUGGCAGAAAUGAAAGCACAAGCAGUGUUGGAAGCUGAUCUGUGUUCCAAACAAGCCAGGGAAGGAAAACUUUGUGGUUUGUUUUGUCUUUUUUUCACCUGCUCAGCUCAGUUCUCUCCUGCAGGAGGCUGUGUGGCCAUCUGAAAAACUGCACCAGUUCAAAUAUUGGGACAACCAAGGACAUAGCCAUGGGGCUGGAGGAGGGUAAAACUCCAGUUAGGCCAGUAUUGCUGCUGAAGAAAGGCUAAUCCUGCUGUGCACUGAACUACUGUAAUGUGUCAGAGUAGGAAUAAUGCACAAGAGCUUAAAACAAGAGUUACGUGUUGGUUUGUUGCGGGGUGAAUCUGACAACAGCGUUGGCCUGUUAAAAAGUGCAGUUUGGAGAAACAGUAGCUAAAGAAGGAGCAAACGCAGUAGUUCUGUGAGGGACAGUCUCACCUGAAAAUAGGCAAAAUUGACUCAAGUUCUGUGUUGUGCUUAAUUUAGUUUAACUGGGGGCUGCUUCCACUAGGGGCUGUUGCACCAAUUCUCCUGCACAGA